AUUUUUUAUAAGCAAGCUCGUAACGGCGGUUGUGGAUCUGUCGGUGAGUAGGUGUAGCGGAGUUUGGUACUCAUUCGGCAUAGACCCUCUGUGUGCCAGCGUGGAGCACAUCGAGCCCUGCCGGAAUCACUAUGUUCAGGCUGGUCACAGGGUAUUGUGAGCUCUUGGAGAUUAUUAUUAUUUUAUUAAUAAAGCCAGUUAAUAUGCCCAGCAAAGCUCUGAGCAAUGGAACAGACAUGUCAAUUUACAAUGGAAAGCAUGCUCUGCAUUAAAGGGAACGGAGCAGGCUUACAACUGUUCAAAAACACUGCACACAAAAAAUGCAGUCUUUGGGGACCAUUUCAUUGUGAUUGAUUUAAAGUUUGUAAUGUUUUGAGUAAAAAAAAAAAAAGUAAACUUGUUGUUUCCUUGUAUUUUAAUGUACAGGCAUGCCCAUAGUUAUUUAAACUUUAAUAUGCAGCUGUUUAGGUGAACACAGCCUUUGAUCUGUACAUUUAGUGAUGUGGGUUGAUUACAUAUUAAUACAAGUAGUGACAAAAUCCCUUUUAGUUGUUAAAGGAACACUAUAGGGUCAGUAACACAAACCUGUAUCCCUGACCCUAUAGGGUUUAACCCACCAUUUAGGUGACUUUCCCCUUAAAAGCAAUUAAAACUCGCCUUAUUUCCAGUGCCGUGCAGAUCAGCUGCUGGCACUGGCCCCGCCCCCUUGGUGACAUAAUCAGAAUUGCCCAUUUUUAGCCAGUCCAAUUAUUUUCCAUGGGGAAAGCAUUGGAUUGGCUGAUAUUGGCAAGGGUGCUGGGCCAAACAUCGUUUUGGCCAAUCAGCACCUCCCCUUAGAGAUGCAUUGAAUCAAUGCUUCUCUGAGGAAAAUUCGGCGUCCCCAUGCAGAGCGUGGAGGUGCUGAACGGCUGUGCAGCACUGAGCCAGGAAGUCCCUCCAGUGGCCACUUGGAGGUGUCCCUAGGGGCAAUGUAAACACUGCCUUUUCUCUGAAAAAGCAGUGUUUGCAUGAAAAUGCCUGCAUAUAAUGAUUAUACUCAUUAAGCUGUAGUUGUUCUGGUGACUAUAGUGUUAAGUAUCAUUAUCGGUGUUGCAGCCUUUGCUAUUUUAUUCCAACAAGGUCCCGUCCUGGUGAAAUGUCCACUUACAGGUGGUGUCUUGGGGAAGAGAGUUUGUGAACCUCUCACUCUUCUUUCCUCACUUAAUUUGUCAGGAGCCUCCGUAAGUAGGAGAGGGCAUCGAAACCACAUCCAAAAUCAAUGAGAAGGAUAUUUUAGUAUAGGGGUAUACCUCUUUUUGUUUGGUAACAAAUAUUGAAUACUCUGCACAUUGUCACUUUGACUAUGUUAUAGAGUUGUUGCAUAUCUUCCUAUUUAAAAAAAUAUAUAUAUAUUUAUAUAUGUAAUUUUCAAUUUGCAGGUUAUGUAUUGACCUCAUUUUGUAGAAAAUGGAUCUCCCGUCUAGUUCAUCUCUUCCCUCCCUACAAAGCCUUAAGGACCGCAUGCGAGAGAAGAUAAAUGGUUCUUUGAAAAAUGCUAAACUGAACACUACACUUGCUGCAAAAAUUAAAACAAAGGCAUUGAGUAAGUUGUGCUUUGUUAUAUCCCUUACUAUUGACUGUAUUACACAUUUGGGUCUGGAUUCUCUUACAAAAGAGUAUUAUUAUUUUUUUUUUUUUAUUUUUUUUUUGUGUGGCUCUGUCACCUUUUGAGUAUAUCAUAAAAGUAUAAUCUUUAUGAAAUACUCAUAGUGCUUGCGUUGGAAUUUCAUUGAAAUUCCAGCGCAAUUCUAUGAUCUCAUCAGAAAAAGUAGUGACAACUUUGCUGCCAACAUUUUGUCAAAUCCAGGCAGGUAUUGCAGGUGUUGGCUGUGGAAAUCAAACAACAUCUUCAUCUGAGAUGGUAUCUGUAGAGGUACCCAUGGUCUCCUGGGAGAUUACAGCACUGACAUGGCUCCUGGAAGAUGAAGCGCAAAACAUUAAAAAAUGUACAGAGGAACAAGAUGGUGGGUCCACGAGGUCUUCCACUGCACCUUAAGCAUUACCUUCUGAUGGGGAGGGGGGAUUGCAAAAUAUGAAGUGUCGGGUCUAUUUAGGGUGGGGUGAGUGGAACUGCUCUGCAUUCUUAUAGCCAUACUGUGGAUGCUAAUAAACAGUGUACCAAUUAAGCUUGGUUCUUUUAGUCCAUAUUGUUCCCUUGGUGCACCUUUUUCACAGAAUUGACACUUGUGAGUUCUGAGAUGCCUACGUGGCAGUUCUGAUGGAAUGUCUUGGAGCUGCAGAGAUUUUUAUAAAAAUGUACAAAUCACUGCAUUUAUAAGGCACUCUCAAAGCUAAGGAUAGGAUCAUGGUGAUCUCUGCACCAUCCGUUUUCAAUGACUCAAGGCUGUGAUGGUGCUUAGUGUGACCCUUUAACUAUGGUAUAUGAAUUCCAGUUCAACAAUUGGCAUAUUCAUUUAUAAUAGACUCUAGCCCUAACCAGAGUAACAAAAUAUGGGUUAAGACUGAGAAUGUUUGUUUGGUUUAUUAUAGGUUUCAAAAUUAUAUUUUAUUUGCCAAUAUCUAAAUACUUAUUUGGAAACUAAUUAAAUGGACCAAUGUUGUAUUGCUGAAAUAUGCGGUAGAUAUUUAAUUUAAUGAUUUUCUUUUAAUCUUCUCUGCAGUCUUACAAAUCUAAGGUAACAACAGUUUACACUUCAAUUGAUCUAUGAAAAUAAUGCUGCAGCCCAGAUGUACAUACAAAUGCCGAUCCCAAUCUGAGAAUUUAAAGCACACAAAGAGACACUAUAGUUACCAGAACUACAGCUUAAUGUAGUUGUUCUAUUGAGUAUAAUCAUUACCUGGAGGCAUUGUUUACAUUGCCACCUAGGGAUACCUCCAAGUGGCCACUCCUUAGAUGGCCACUGGAGGUGCUUCCUGGGGCAGUGCUGCACAGUAGGCACCACUGCCGUUCAGCGUCUUCACGCUGUGCAUGGUGACGCAGAAUUUUUCUUAUAGAGAGGAGGUGCUGAUUGGUUUAAACAGCGUUGGGCCCACCUUCUUGCUGAUUUCAGCCAGUCUAACACUUUUCCUAUGGGAAAGCAUUGGAUUGGCUAAAAAUCUGCAGCUCUGAUUACAUCAAGGAGGCGGACCCGCCCAGCGCUGGAAAUAAGGGGAGUUUUAACCUUUUGGUGAGGCAAGACACCUAAAUGGUGGAUUAAACACUAUAGGGUCAGGAACACAUGUUUGUGUUCCUGUCUCUGUAGUGUUCCUUCAACUGUAGGAUAGUGAUAAAAUAUCUUUCAGUUUUCCAAUGUAAAGGGCACUGUCACAGAUGUGCCUUUUGAGGCACUUUAAUGCGGAAAUGUUCAUUGUCUGGGUUAUUUUUCUUUUUUCAUCCUCUCCAGUGACUUUGCUUUCUUUAAUUGGACGCAAAACAAAUGUUACAUUUUAUCAUAAUCCUACUGAGUAGCUUUUUCUUGUAUUUUUACAUUUUUUUAUUUUUUUUAUUUAUUUUUUUUAAUUGACUUUAUUUUUGAAAGUAUACGUUGGAAGUUGUUUCCAAAGACAUGUUGCAAACCUUUAAGGACUUCAGCGGUUUUGUUGAUAUUUCAGAGAAACACUUUAGAACAGUGGUUCCCAAAUCAGUCCUAAAGGCACCCCUACUGGUCCAAGAAUUAGGCAUUACACAGUUGUGUCUAAUCCCUAAAUCCUGGACUGAUGAUAGUGCUUUGAGAACUAGUUUGGGAACCACUACCCUAAACUUAAACUCUGGAAGUGUUACAUCAACUUAUAUUCUUUUCUUUACAUGUAGAUAACUCCUCUAUGCUAAAGAUUUCUCUAAAGCACAAUAACAAAGCUUUGGCAUGUGCUCUAACGGUUGAGCGAGAGAAGGCGAGGAGGCUGGAGAAUGACAAAAUGUUUCUGCAGAAAGAAGUGAAGAUGCUGCAUUUUCAAAAUGCCCUCCUACGCCAAAACCUAAAUAUUGUGGUAUGUUGGAGAACAUUAUUGUGCAUAUAAUGGUAUAUUAUUGGGGCUGUGGAACUGUAGAUCUAGUUGAGACAGAUUGAUUGCAAAACAGGCAUACAAGCCAUUUACUUUAUUAGAAUGUUCUUCUAUUUUUAAUUUUUUGUUAAGCUCUACUGCAAAUUUAGAGCAGAAAGCACUUGGCAUGUGUGGGAAUUUGACAGAUUUUACCUGUAGUUUUCUUACUUGUUAGAUUAAAAGAUGCCAUCGGGAGCAAAUUGCAUAAAUGAAGCACUUGAGUUAUGCUCAAAAGUUGGUACCGUGUCUGUAUUCAGUCUGAUUUAGACAGAUCCACAAAUAGGGGGAAAAAAUAAAUAUCCAGGCAUACCUGAGGUUUCUUCUAAAAGGCAGUCUUUAUUUAAAACAAGGAAGUAUACAACAUUUUGGCUCCUCUCUGAGCCUCAAGACUUUUAGAAGAAACCUCAGGUGUGCCUGGAUUUUUUUUUUUAUUAUUAUUAUUAUUUUUUCAUUUGAUGUCUUUAGGAUUGGCACUCCUUUCUGGAGCACCCUGCAGGAAGUAUUCACCCCUCCCUAUUAUUAUUAAUAUUAAUAUUAUUAUUAUUAUUAUUUAUUUUUUUAUUAUUUUGUUUUAUCAUUUGUGUGUAUGCUUUUUUACUCUUAUUUCGCAAACAACUGUACUUGGAUCCACAGUCAAUCUAAAUUUUGUGUGAAGUUCAAACUGGCUAAAUUGGAAGCAUAGCUGACUUAGUGACACUAUAGGCACCCAGACCACUUAAUCUCAUUGAAGUGAUCUGGGUGCAGUGUCCCUAUUGCACUUAGUCCUUCAAUGUAAAACAUUAUUGUUUUAGAGAAACUGCAAUGCUUACAUUGCAGCACUAAGACAACCUCUAGUGAGUGUCUACCAGAGAGCCAAUAGAGUUUCUUCCUGCUUGCUAAUCGACUUUUGGUCCUCUAACUGACCGGAGGACAUCCAGCAUCCGUUAAAGGACCACUAUAGGCACCCAGACCACUUCAGCUUAAUGAAGUGGUCUGGGUGCCAGGUCCAGCUAGGGUUAACCCUUUUUUUCUAUAAACAUAGCAGUUUUGGAGAAUAUUUUAUAGUUUAUUAUAUAUAGUUUAUAUUAGGGUUAAUCCAGCCUCUAGUGGCUGUCUCUUGACAGCCGCUAGAGGCGCUUGCGUGCUUCUCACAGUGAUUUUCACAGUUAGAAGACGCCAGCGUCCAUAGGAAAGCAUUGUGAAUGCUUUCCAAUGAGACUGGCUGAAUGCGCGCGCGGCUCUUGCCCCAUGCCGCGCAUGCGCAUUCAGCCAAAGAGGAGGAGGAGAGCUCCCCUGCCCGGCGCUGGAGAAAGAGGUAAGUUUAACCCCUUCCUCCCCCUAGAGCCCGGCGGGUGGAGGCACCCUCAGUGCACUAUAGUGCCAGGAAAACAAGUGUGUUUUCCUGGCACUAUAAUGGUCCUUUAAGUCACCAUAGGUUCAAUGCUUUCCUAUGGGGAUGGCCUAGUGUGCUUGCUACGCAUGCACAUUAGGUGUACACAUCAGCACUGUGAUCGGGUAAGUAAAUAAAUGGAUUUUAACCCUGUAUUGGGAGGAGGAGGAGGAAGAGGGACCUGUUGUGUUAGGAAUACAGCUAUUUUUAGUUGACAUUUGAAAAUCGCUUUGAAUUCUCAAUUUUGUGAAUAACCCCGUAAGUCACUGCAUACAGUAUUCAGAUAAGCAUCAAGUAAAGAAAAGUGUGAGUAAAGAUUAAAUUUUUGAACUAGUUAUACAUUAUCAAAAGAAUUUUCCAAGAAUGAUAAAUAUGAUAAGUAGAUCGUGAGGAUCAAAACAAAUAUAUAUAAUAAAAUAAAAUGCUGUAGGAUCAAUUUGUUUCUUAAGCGUUAUUAGCGAUAGUAAACAGAGGAGGUCCUGUUCAGAAGUUUUCAGGACAAAUCCCCAAAUGAUAUGCAGAAAACCAAAUAGGUUUUCAAAUGCAUACAAGUAUGUGUCUCAAUAGGUUAACUAAGCGGAAACAAACAGUCCAUACAGUAUUAAAUAAAAAUUGUUACAUACAUAGUGCUUGUUGGAUACAGAACCGGCACUAGAUGAGAUUUAGUAUAAGAAAAAUUAUUCUUCACUAAAUAACCAACUCAUACAGAGGGAGUAGAGAUUAAUACGAAAAUAUAACAAGAACAUGUGCUCUAUAAACCCCCCACUUGUAUAGCUGGAGUAGGGCUAAAUGUCGAAAUAUAAAGUAUAUAAAGUCUGAUGCCCGUCUAAGCAGACAGCAAUACUGGGGAAAGGGCUCUUUCGAUAUACACUGACCACAGUAUUGCUGUCUGCUUAGACGGGCAUCAGACUUUAUAUACUAUAUACGAUCUACUUAUCAUAUUUAUCAUUCUUGGAAAAUUCUUUUGAUAUAUCAUAUCUGUUUUAAUUUGUUUCAAUAUUAAAAGUUACAUUUUAACUUGAGGGCACUCACUUGUUCUCUUUCUCUACUUUCACUACUGCUGUAGUUUACAUAGGGUUAAUCUCUUCUAAGAGUGUAUCCCUUCUGCUUCCUAUUUUCUCCAAUUUCUAUAGUUUAGUUAUACAUUAUUUUAAAGAUUUCUGCUGUACUGUAAGCAUUCUGAAAAUUAUCUACUGAAGGUUCUGUAAAAUAGCCGGUGCUCUUAUUUGUAAUGUUAUUUAACCCAUAUUAAACGUUCUUUACUUUUACAGAACAAAAUCUUUAAGGAUAUUGACCUUUUCAUGAGUAUUAACUUGCCAACUGGUAUUGAAAUCAGCAGCGAUAUGGAGGUAGGUUUGUAAUUGUAUGUCUCUUCUGCUUUGGUUGUGUAAAGCGCUAUAAACAACAGAAAAACGUAUUUGUAUUACCAAAAAUAUUGCGAUUCUAAAGUGAUAUAUAAAUAAUUUUUUAAAACUCUGCCACUAAGUGGUUAUCCAAUGAAAGGGAACACCAAAGUUCCCACCAACCUUUUAUUCCUUAGAAAACAUUUUUUGUGGUGGACGCAGAACUCCAUUAAAGGGACACUGUAGUGCCAGGAAAACAAAAUGUUUUCCUGGCACUGCAGGUACCCUCUCCCUCCCACCACCCAUCCCAUGUUGUUGAAAGGGUGAAAACCCCUUCGGUGACUUACCGGAGACCCCUGCCGAUGUCCCUCGGCGGUGGUUUCGGGACCGCCAGCGCUCCUCCUCCGCCGACGUCAUCCGGCAGGGGAGACCUAAUACGCAUGUGCGGCAAUGUCGCGCGCGCAUUAGACCUCUCCAUAGGAAAGCAUUGAAAAUUCUUUUAGUGCUUUCCUAUGGGGAAUUGAGCAACGCUAGAGGUCCUCACACAGUGUGAGGACAUCCAGUGACGCUCUAGCACAGAAAACCUGUGCUAGAAACCAGGAAUUGCCCUCUAGUGACUGUCUAGUAGACGGUCACUAGAAGAGGAGUUAACCCUGCAAUGUAAUAUUUCAGUUUAUGAAAACUGCAAUAUUUACAGAUGCAGGGUUAAGGGUCGUGGGAGUUGGCACCCAGACCACUCCAAUGGGCAGAAGUGGUAUGGGUGCCUGGAGUGUCCCUUUGAUAUUCUUGGAGGUUUAAUUGAGACCAUAUGUCUUAGUUAAAACCUUGAAAUUAUCUUCGUAGCUCAGGAUCAAAGUCAUGAACUAAUGUUAAAAUAGGUGAGCUCUGUGUAUAUGCCACUGAAUGCAGAGUUUAAAAAGCGAGCCUACAUAACUUAAGCUGAAAUAUCCAGGACCCUCUAAUAAUCAGGACUAAAAGUACCCCCACUUUUUUAAUGUCCAGUCAAGCUUAGGAAUGCUUUACAUAACAGGGCACAAUCACACCCAUGAUACUGGCACAUUGCUGUCAUUGCUAAUGUAUUGGCUUCUGAACAAAGAUACAUUUCUAACUACAUUUCUAUAGAUUACCAGAAGAAAUAUGCUCUUGACUUAGGCCUUAUCACAGCAACUAGAGCAAUUGCACUGUAGUUGCUUUGAAGUAGGCUUGGAGAACUGCCUGCUGUUUUCUAAGAAAUUGGCACUUCUCUAAAUAAACCUUUUUUAAACCCUGCCUAGUUGUCAGACAUGUCCUGAUACUUUCUGGUGUUAGGCUCAGUGGAGCUAAACAUAAGAGGCAGGCAAUUGUUCUGUGCAUCGGCUGUGAAAAUGCCUCUAAUUGAGCUGCAUUUAAGGACUGAUUGGUCAGCCACAGAAAGUCCAGGCUGGGUUAGAAGAGGAUGGCUUGCAAAGGCAGCAGACCAGAAAUUUUACAAGGUGUUUUUAGAUCUAUCCCCAGUGAGAAAUGUAUAAUAAAAUUAAUGUAUGGUUUAAUUUAUUUGGGCAGUGGAGUUCCUCUUUAAAGGAGAACUAAAAGUACCACUACAACUUGCUGUAGUAGUUAUGGUGCCAUGACUGCAUCCCUGGUAUCCAGUCAAGAUUUAUCUAAAGAAUUGGCAGAAAGCACUCAUUGGCUGAGCACAAUAACCAUUGCAGUAUACUCUCACUAAUCUGUAGUGGUUCUGUUGAUUGGUGUUUUUUUUUAAGUUGUGUUUAUCAUCCGUGGACAUGGUGAGGCCUUAGGCGAAACUCAAACAUGCGGCCCCCACUAACACCAUUAGAGGGGGGGGGAAUAGCGGUUGACGCGUGUGUGUGUUUAUAAGAAGCUGUAGAUAUACUGAAGGGCGGGUUUGCUGCGUUGGAUACAGAGAGUUAGUCUCUAUUCAUCGUUCAGAGGGUUGCAUUGUUGCGGCUCACUGUGCCGCUGCAUUGUGAGCAAUCUGACUGUUAUGGCAUAAUUUGCAAUAAACAAAUGUAAAUUUGCAAUUAUGCUAAUUUGUUUAUACACGAUUGCGGAGUAUGGUUGCCUAGCCUGGCAGUUGUGUAUACAUAAGUGCUGGUGUGAAGGGGUUAUUGGAAACCGCUAUAUUAAUUUUGGCUGGGCUUUUAAAAAUAAUAAAAUCGGUCACAAUGUGUAUUUAUCUGGCUGUGGUGUCAGUUUGGGUGACCUAGUGUGAGGGAGUGGUUAACAAAAAAGGAACAUUUUAGACGAUUCCUUGGUGGUCCAGUGGGUUCCCUCUGUCCCUGGUGGUCCUGUGGGCUGGCUCCCCGGUCUGCAGCCCCGCCGGGUACAGAGCUGCAGACCACAUGGUAAAUAUCUCACAAUCUCCAGUCAGUUGCCAUGGUAACCCAUGGCUGGAGAUCGCAAGACACUUCAGUCUGCAUCUCUGGACCCGGCAGAGCUGCAGACAGGAGGCGGGCUCUCCCACAGGGCCUCGGUCAUAUACUGAGAAUCGGACCGUUCAGUUUGGCGAUUAAGGCGGCUGCCAGGCCCCAGACAGUGCGAGGCCUUAGGCGACGGCCCCAAAUCCCUUAGUUAGAGAGCCACCACUGUUUACCAUUACCUACUCUGGGUCCUCACCUACUUCAUCUAUUGAAUGUGCUUUUAUAUAAUUGUUUGCACAUAUACCUUUUUUGUAUUUGAGACUUAGUUUAUUUCUCUACUCCACUCCAUAACUUUUGAAUUAGUUAUUUCUUUAUUUGUUCUUCUGCUCUCAUUUUUGGUCUGCAUAAGGCAUUCUGUUCUCAAAGGUAUAAAAUGAGGAGGAAGUAUUAAUGUGCUUCCUUCUUUCAGCAAUCUUUAGAAAUCCAAUCAAAUGAACCAAAAGGUGAACGUUUAAGCCAACAAAGUACAUUUUCAUCUGACGGUGACCAAGGAUUUGUGUAAGUUUGUGUGAAUGCUUAUAUUUAUAUAUUGGUGUACAUUCUAUGCCAUUUGUAACUGUAAUAAUUAUUGCAAUUCCAUCAUACUUUUUUUUUUUUUUCUUUUAGUGUAUUCUUUUUUUGGGGGGAGGUCCAAGUGAAAUUUGAUCUAUUCAUGAUGGAAGCCAAAUUGCUAGCAAAUGUUCAGAUGAAAAGUCUAUGAAAAUUUAAAAUGUAUAAAUCAAGAGAAAAUGAACAUCUGCUUUAGUAAUAUCUAUAAGGAUGGGGUGAAUUAUGGGUCCAGUAAAGUGUAAAACCGUUUGAUAAAGGUUUUGAAUCUUAAUGGGACUACUAGCACCAUGACCACGACAGUGCACUGUAGUGUAUAUGGUGUUAAGUGUUACUUUAAUUGUUUUUUGUAUAUCUGAUUUAGUCCCAAUCAGCUACUACAUGUUUGUUUCUAGUGUGGUGGCAAGAAAGUUAUGUAAUGUUUUAGUAAAAUGUUGCAUGUCUCCUCCAUACUAAAAUAUAUGCCUUUCACAUUUUAGAUUGACAGGUGUUCCUUUACGGGUUCCCUCCAGUUCUGUGUGUGAUCGGAAACAAGACAACCAUUUUCCUUUAGACUCGCUUGUUGAAAACCCUGCAAGUUGCACCACUGUUAAACGGUCAUUGAAUUCAAGUAUUGUAAAGGGCAGGUUUAAUGGUCCAGAAAUAUCCUGCCCAUCCACCUGUACAUCUCAAGGUAAUUGGUGUUCACGUUGCCAAGUAAAAAUGUAUUCAAACUGCCUACUUUCCAUAUUUAUUACUCGAAGAGACUACUAUGGAAGUAGUACUUUGUUCAUGUAUCAAUAAUAUGUCCUAAUGCAGGGGUGCCUACACUUUUUAGUGUCCUGAUCUUUUUUUUUUUUUUUAAUAUAUACUUGACUCAACAAGAUCUACCUUUAAAAAAAAAAAAAAAGCAUGUUUUCUUACAAAAUAAGUUAAAAUUCUUAUUGCGACUACUGCGUGUAUCUUUGUAUUGAAUUCAUCUAAUAAAACGUUUAAAAAAAAUGGCCCCUCUCUCUACAAAACCCAUUCCCACUCACUUACAGUAGCAUCUAUUAAAAAAAAAAAAAAACACUCAUUAUUCGCAAGCAGAUACCACUAAUGAAGGUCUGUUUGCUGCUCCCUGCUACUGACUGCAGCCUCAAUGGUCUACUGCCGUGGUGCCGCCCGCACCCAUUGUUAGAGCAGUUUGUUCACUGGAGGAAAGCAGAGAAUGUCGACGUGGCGUUGCACACCCAGCUGAGAGUCGCAUCCCUCACCCUAUGUGUAGUUAAAGAGUCAGCCGCAAUCGACCAGCAUUGCUUUUGCGAUUGAAUGGAAGAACCAGAUUAUUGUAGAGAGAAUGCAGGGGGUAGUGUGGUGUUUAAGAAAUCCAUACAGAAAGUUGUCCUUGGGGUAAAGAUGUAUUGUACAGUGGCUUUAAUUAUAUGAUAUUGACUAUAAUCACCAUUUGACAUUGACAUACAGUUUUGUUUUAGAUGGCAACAGUUUGGUGUGUGUGUGUGUGUACGCAUAGCUAUAUUAUGGACAUGACAGACUGAAUAGAGAGAAUUUCUUCAAUAUCUGCUGUAAAGAUUUGAAUUUUGUGUUUACUAUUUUUUUGUGUUAUUUCAGAAAGCCAUGCCUCUUCAAAUGAAACUCUUGGUGAUGCCAUGUCUUCAAAAGCUAAUGAAAAGUCUAAUGAUAUUCAUGAUUCACAGGAGAAAAAUGCAGUAAACCUAUUUGCUUAUGUAACAAAAAGACGGAAAUAUUCAACAAUGUCUCGUUCAAGUUCUCAAUCUUUAAUAUCUGAUUGUAAUCAAGGCAAAUGCUGUAAUGGCGAAAAUCAGGAAAGUAAUCCUUGCUCACCAACAGAGCAAGUUACUGAUACUACAUUUCAGUUUAACCUAACUUCUCAAGAUAGAAGUGAUGCCAUCACAGCAUCUUGCAAUGGUAAUAAACAAAUCUAUGGUUAUGGCCACAGUAGCAAACCAUCUCCAACAACCUGCUCAGGUUCUCCAUCUUUAAAAAUGGACAGUGAGCAAGUACAGAAUACAGAAAGAGUUAGUAGGUUUAAGGUUCAAUGCAAUCAAGCAACAGAUACUACAGUUCAAACCAGCAACAUUUGUGAAGGAGGAUGUGAUGAGUCUCCAGCAGUGGGUGGAUCUGUUGCACCAGAGCAAACCGUGUAUGAAGCAGACAUGGAAUUGACUAACACGGACUCUGCUUCCAUAGUUGCCAUUUCAUCUAAAAACAAAACUCAGACCGGCAUAACCAAAUCGGGAAUACCUGUGAAACACAAUGGGACCACUUUAAGAAGGGUUAAGAAUUCAGCACGGAACAAGACAAAGGCCACAAGUAGCCAAAAAAAUGAAUCUGAAAAUAAGGACGACAACCUGACCAAAAUCGUUUCAAAAGAUAAAACUCUGUUUGACUUCCACAUCCAAUCUCCGUGUAUUGACCCUUUAACUUCUGAAGUGGAAGAUUAUCAAUUGAGCUCUCAUUCCACAUGCUCUAAAACAGAUCACACUGCCCAGCUCUGUAACAAAUCUGAAGUUCGGAAGACCUAUUUAUUAACAGAUUGCAUUAAGCUAGAAAAUGAAAAUGAACCAGUCACCAAUAUGCUUACGGAGAAUCCAGACUCUCCUGCUAUACCUGUAUUGUCGUCGCCCAACAAAAUGUUAAAAGUAAAUUUUAAAGAAAACCAUAUUCCUCUAACUCUAGAAAAAGCGCAGGUAAGAGGAGUAAAGCGUAAAUCUUCUGAAACUACAUCUAAGCGGAAUAAUCCAAAGGGUUCAAAUGGAGCUGAAAAAGAUCGCAGGCAUUCCAAAAAGUUAGGGCGUAAAACAAGCAAGCAAACAAACAAACAGAAAGAUAAUCAAAAAUGCUUGGAGGACAAAGUGCCUUCGGUAGAAGUAGAGCUCAAGAACAUUGAGGGCAUUUCUAACAAGUUCUUGGAUAAUUUUGGAAAUCGAAACCCUUCUCUCAGAAGAGAAACCUACGUUUUAAACCAUGCACAAAUAACUGGUACUCCUGCUUCACAGUCCGUUUCAAGAGAAAAUAAAUUUAGUUGUAGAAGGGAAACCUAUGUAAUUCCUGAACCAACUCCUUUGGAAUUCAGUUUUAACUAUUCUACUCCUGAAAACGUGACUGCCAAAGGUCAACCUGGGGCCUCUGUUCCCUCAGUCAUCCCUUAUCAAGUUCCUGUUGCGGGUGUUUUGCUAGAAAAUAAUAAAGACCUAUGUGCUAAAACCAUUAAAAAGGAACCCAAAAUGCUGGAAGACAUGGAAAAAGAAAGUCUUACACAUAAUUGUGAGAUGGAGAACACAAUUAAAUGGCCCAUACAAAGUGACAUUAAAAAUUCAACUUUGGUUUUGCAAGAGGACAAGAGAAAAACAAUUAUUUUACCUAAUGCUGUAAGUAAUGAGAAAGCUACACUUGUUCGGGAAAGUCUGGUGGGCUUACCAUUAAACAAGACUCACAAGCAAAUUGGAAUGGGUUAUUUGACAAAUGAGCAAGACUCGUUUAUGCUUGACAUGGUUAGUGAAUCUGUACUUGAAACAAUGAUUGAAAGUCCAAGUUUUUUACGUGUCUCCUCUGUUACAAAUGGUGAAAACUCAUUAUUUAUAAAGGAGGGGUCCUUAGACAAUAUUGCUCUUGUAGAACUUCCUGGGACAGAGGAUGUGUCCCACCAGCCAGUGAAUUUUGGUCCCCUUGAUGAAACCAACUAUAACGAACCACAAGCCUAUGAAGGAAUGGAUGAUCUACAGUUUGAAGACUUUAACCAAAGUCUGAGCAACCAAGGAACAGGCAAGUACUGAUCAUUGUUGUCUUCACUCCAUGUAGAAUCCUUGAAUGACCUAGUAGUAUGUGUCAUCAUUUUGAACAUACACAUGUAGACACAGGCUGCAAUUAUGAAUUAAAGGAACACUCUAAUCGUAAUUUAUUUUUUUUUUAUUUUUUUUAAUGCACCCCAAUGAAAAUGUGUGCAUUUAUUGCUGCAUUUGUUCAUUUGGAUAUAUCUAAACAUUGCUUGCAAAUCUGCUUUCUGCAGCCUUUGCAAACCCUCCACUUUUUCCCCAGCAGGCAGCACGGACUUUCAGUUAAUAUGCACGUCAAAGCUUUCCUAUGGGCCUUUUCAAAGUGCUGGACAUUUUUUAUGCACCACGUGAAGACCUAAAGCUUGUUUCACAGAGUCACUCUGUGAAACUGGUAGACCGCAAAUAGAAGCUGUCUUAACCUUGCAAUAUAUAAACAAAUUGCAGUUUUUGUAAAACAACAAUGUUUUACAUUGCAGGUUUAAGGGAACAAGGACACUGCACCCUGGCCACUUCAAUGAGAUUAAGUGGUCUGGGUUCCUAUAGUUUCCCUUUAAGUCAUUUUGUUUAAAAUAAUAAUACAAAGAGAUGGCACUCACCAAAUUGCUAGGGGUAUGUUACAAUUUGAAACGCAACACCAACAGACUCCAGGCACCAUGACCAUUUCAAAUCACUGAAGUGGUCAUGGUGCUUGGAGGAACCCUUUAAAUAAUGUGAGCAUUCAUUUGAUAGGAAACAUGGAUUUUUGUGUAUGAUUGAGCUAUAUGGUAUUGUUACACAUACAGACACAUCUAUUAUAGUAGAUGACGAAAUUUUAAAUUUUCAAACUAUUAAAAAAAAAAAAAGGCCUCCAGUAUGUGCAAAUAAAAAGAACAAAUUAAAGUGUUUAUUACAGUUGGCUUCAAUUCAAUAGAAGUUCAUUGAAGUAAGUAGAAACUUUGAGCAACAUAGCUUUUAUUAAUGUCAACAUUGUGAGUGGGGUGUUUUUUGUUUUUAUACCAAUUUUAUAUUUUUUUUUUUUUUUUUUUUACAGCAACAAAACCUUUGAAAGAUUUGACAAACACCAACUUUGGUUACAUCAAACAAUCCCCAAAGGCUUGCUCAGAAGAGGAAGACCAGUCAAAUGGCUUUUCUAGAAGGCGACGUAAUCAAGUCAACUACAAAGAGCCAAACUUGUCGAGGUUGGAAUGGGUUUCCUGUGAAAUUUUCAUAUCUCUAUAAUGCAAUAGGAAUAAAGGGUCAAUCCAAGUCUGUUGGGUCUCUUUAAAGUUUAGACUGGUAUUUUAAAGAUCAUUAUUUGACUAAAAAUGAGGUCAAAAGGCAAUUUUAGUGACAUCUCCAAUGGUGGGAACACAGGCGGUUACCUAAAAUAUAUUUUGUGUGUGUGUAUUGUUGCACCUCAUAGUGUGCAAUGGACACUGGGUUAUUCAUUAACCUCCAAAGUUUCAAGAAUUGCAUCUGAAUGAAAGAAAUGAGGCAACAAUUGCUCAUCUUGAAAAAUUCUCCAACUUGGCCAUAGUCACAUCUUGUCUAUUUUACCCUCUCCGCCAAUCGGUGACUCACCAUUCACUAAACUGGCUUGGAAACAAGCUUCUCUUUUCCAAGCCAAUUUUAAUUACUGGUUAGCUGAGAGUCAUCUAACCGCUCUCAGCCAAUUAGCGGCGGCACUUCCUGAAUCUGGAAAUUCAUGCAGCCUGGGGGGAGUGGACAUCGUUGCCAGAGGCAUCUUUGGGUUUAAUCCCUUGAGGUAAGCAUGCCUCCAAGGAAGUCCUGACAACAAACCAACUUCUUCGAUUAAGUUGUUUUGGUAUCUGGAGUGUCCCUUUAAAACGUCUGAUUUACUUCAAUGCAAAUGAGAGCUGGAGUGGACACAUGAGAAAUUAGAUUAUUGUGUUAGGAAUGUAUGUUUCUAUUAUGUUAAUGCUGUAGUGUUCCUUUUUAAGGGUUACUACAACCCUUCUUAAAUGUUUUUUGCUUAUUUUGAUGAAUUAUGCCCUAUUUGGUAUUAUUUAGGUGUUUUUUCCCUCCACCCCCUGAACACUAGAAAAAAAUAGAUUUAUACUAAAGUUUUACUUACCUGUACAGAAGAGGGGAGGGAGGUAACAUCCAGACUACGCAUUGCAAGUUCAAGACCAUUCUGACGAUAGACAUAUUUUAUGCACAGAAUUGACAUUUGGCAGCCCGGAACGAUCUUCCAGGUUGCCAAAGUCAUGUGUGCUGGGAGUGCAACUAGCUCUCUGCACACACUUAACAAAAUCUCAGUAUGUGCAGUGUUUAAGUUAACAUACUGACUCCUACCACCAUGACAACUUUUAAAAAAUUUAGUAACACUCCAGUACUUUCUAUUGUUUUAUUUUUAAUGUAAGUGUUCCUUUAGGACAAAAAUAUUUACAAUAUGGAGCACCUACAUCAGUCUACAUACGUAGACUGGUUGCAGGUUUGUUGUGGUUUUUAUAAUUGUUUUUUUUUUUUUUUCUGCUACAGAAAGAUGAGGCGCGAAGAGGAAUCCAUAUCUGCAGAUCUCCAGAAUUAUCCACAGUGCAAAGGAAAACGGCAAAAAACUGUAAAGAGAAAGGUUUCUAGACAGAAAAGUGCCUGAGCGAAGAUUAGGUUUAAACUUCUACCUUUUAUUUCUUUUUUAAUCUCACUGCACGUUUUCUUCACAGAUGUUUGUCAUGUGAGGGGUAUUGAUAUUAAAAUGAGGGUAGUGCUCAGUAUGCUGAGGUUUAUAUAGGAAGCAUGGCGAGCGUGCAUGAUUUUGCAAGGUUAGGGUUACUUAUAUCGUCAGCACAAAGCCUUCUUUUUUGUUUAAAUUUUUCAGAUGGCGACCUCUAAGUCAACUCCUUUUUCAAGUUAGAAACAUAAAGGCUUUAUCUUUAUCUUUUGGUCACAUUAUAAGGACCUGUUAGUGAAAUUACUUGAAGGUGGUUACACUUUUAUCACUCCACCAUUACAUUUUAUCCAGAAGUCUGGACGUGUCCAUUGUUUAUAACUUUUCUCCUAGGUGGUUACACUGUUAUUGCUCCACCAUUGGAAUAUAUCUACAAGUCUGUACGUGUCCACUCUUGAGAUAUAAGCAUAUAGUCUGAGGGACUUUUGUUGCAACAACGAGGUAUCCUGGCUUUUGUAUAGGGGUAUUCUAACAAUAUAACCCCACAUUUUCUGGACAGUUUAGUCCACUAUAACUUGUAAUCUGGUGUCUCCAUCUUUAAAUAGCCCAUCGGACCUGCUUUAUAAUAUCUUUCUGGCGUUUAACCCACCCUCCCAAGCCAACUCCUAUUAACCAUUAAUCCGCCCCUCCCCCCCACUAUAAAUCUGUGCCAUUUUGGCUCUUUUUAAGGGCUUUUAUGUGUGUUACUGAUGUCCUGAUGCUUGAUCCUUUCUAAAUGAAAUUGUGUUUUUAUUCUCCAACAUUACAAGGGACCUUUUUGUGCCCUCUGGACUUUAAGUCCAUUGGUCAUUUUUGUUUAUAUUUUAGGUUUAAGCUUUGCCCAACAUAAUAAACGUGAUCAUAUAACUUACCUUUGUAUAUUCUUUCCAUGAAUGUGUUGUUACGAGAUCUGCAUCUCACUUAUUUAUGUGUCCCUGUUGCUUGCUUCAUAAAACAAAUCCGAUUUAAGCCUGGAAUUCUGACCGCUCAAAGCUGAAAUGUAUCUUCAUUGUAAUAAUCUAGCAUGUAAACAAAAGUGGUUUAAAGAUCUCUGUAUGCACAAACACAUGCAUUUGAGGGUACUUUCACAAGACACGCUUAUGAGACAUGGUUAUGACUGUAACUAGUUCAUGUCAAGUCAUCCCUUACAAUGUGCGAUUGUGUUGACGUUUUAAACUAUAUUUGGCAUUCAUACGAGCGGGACACGUAGUAAAUGUUGAUUAUACCAAACAAGCUUUUUAACAUGUUACAAUAAAAAUAGUAAGGCUUGUUUCAAAAUGUUGAGAAUUCAGAGGCUUUCUGUUCAAACUAGUUUGUUGGGCUUAAAGAUGACCCGUGCACACGCUCUGUAGACCCAUUAUAGAAGCUAAUAAUAUAUUUUUAAACCUAUUUCCUCUUAAUGCUCUAGAAACCAUUUUUACUUUGAGAUAGACUCUCUAAUUUAGCCUGUUCUGUUUUACUGAUUAUUCCAAAUAUUUUAGAAGCAUGAAGCAUUGCUGUUUUUCAUAUUUUCCAGCAGAUUAACUUUAUUUGGGUUUCAAAAUAUUCUUAACCAUCAAAAGACUACAAAGGUAUAGCAGUAUUAACAUAACAUGAACACUUAAAGGGAUAAUCCAGGCACAAAUACAACUUGAAUGUCUUUUGAUAGAUUUUUGCCUCAUUAAUAUGCUGUUUGUAGACAUGCUCAAAUCUUUAAUUUUUUUGCAAUGUUACACCAUAAGUCCUUAGCCACACCCCCUCAUGCCAGAAAGACUUUGUUAUCAAAGGUACACAAACAGUCUCCUCCCCAACAGCACUGAUUGAGACUGGCUGUAGACAGAGAAACUGCAGGCAGGUAGUGAUAUCCUUACUGUAUGAUUACCUGGGUGUCCUCUCCCCUUUUUUUUUUUUUUUUUCUCCCAAUUUUUAUUUUUGGGGUACAGCAUGAAAAAAAGGGUUGGGGGAGUAAAAUGCAUAAAUCCUAUACAGUACUGUCGUCUCACCAGUGCGGAUUACAUUACAUUAAGUGUAGUACACCUUAUGAUCAUUAUCACCAAUAUUGUCGGAACUUUUAGCUUGUACCCCGUGACAUUUAGUUCCCCUAGGUCCUUUUAGUGAUCCACUCUAUUUCUAACUAUGUGGAUCAAUGUGUUUUGUCUGUCCUGGGAGUCCUUGGUGAUAGAGCUUUAUGGUACAUAUGUGGGCAGCAGCCCAGGUUAUCAUUCUGAGUAAAGCCGAGUUGGCAUUGAGUGUUGAGUUUGCUCCCUUGAGCAUGUCUUAUUCUACGGGUGUCGCGGGCCUAGGUGUUUUUUUUGUUGUUUUUGUUUGUGUCUUUGGAAGAGGUGCAGGUUUGGUAUGCGCUCUUUAAGUAGGUGUCGUCCCUAUUUUAGCAGUUAGGUUGGUAUCUCCAGGGGUCUGUUUGCGUUUGGUGGACAAUUUCUGCAGUUUAACCUUUCUAUUCUAUCAAGGUGGAACAUAAGGGUUGAGAAAUAAAGAGGGGGGGGUUGUUGCUGGGGUGAAGAGGCCAUCCCUUUUAUACCACUCUUCUCUCAGUGUUAUACUCGCCAGUGUUGGCAUGGGGUUGUGUGUAGCGUAUAUGUCAGUUGGAGGAAGCAAAUAACUUUCUUUUCACAGUGUAGGGUCGCGCCAUGUUCUUGAGACUCUGUUGGUUGCGGGGUGUGCUUAUCAGUCUAUUGGGCUGGUCCCAGCUUGUCCAUCAGUCUUGGUGAUUUGUCUGGGUCUAUUUGUAGAGAGAGAGUAGAAGUGGAAAAUGGGGGGUGAGGGGGUGAUUGGGUUGGACUAAGUAUCUCUGUUUGCGGUCAAGGGUGAAUGCCAUAGCGUCUGGAUGUGGACAUUUACCCUGCUAUCUGUGGGGGUGUCCUCUCCUUCUCAUGCAGGUUGUUUUGUUGUGCAAAUAGUUUAAUGUCAUUGGCUGAGCUGUGUCUAUGGUAAACUAUAUCUUUGGUAAGGAAGUAUUUUUCUGGAGUGAGGGGGUGUGGCUAAAAGGCAGGCUUACUGUGCAACAUUCUACAAAACCUUUAUUUUAUGCAAAAACCUAAAGAUUUGAGCAUGCAAAAAAUAAAGCUAUUAAAACCUAUCCAAUGCAUUAAAGUAGUAUUGGUGCUCGGAAUAUCCCUUUAACAUAAUGGUUACUUGAUGAGUGAGCCAAAAUAUAGUGGCAGCUUCUUCUCGAGACCUUCCAGUUUAGUUUGUCAAUAUUAACAAAUUUGGGCAUGCAGCUAAGGAUGGGAUCCUGGGCUGUAUCCCUAUUUGUUGAUGUUUCUAUGUUUAUUUUGGUUCACCUGUCAUGAUGCCAUUUGUUCUAGUAAAUUGUGUACUCUUGUAAUGUGUAAGUAGUCACAUAGCCAUAAUGCUGAGGCUAGCUGGAGUUUUAUGCAAAAAAAAUAUAUAUUUUAUACAGCGAUUUUGUUUUUGUUUUUUUUUUGUUUUGUUUUUUUUAUUUAUUUAUUUUUUUAAUUCCUUUUAAAUAAAACCGUGCUGAUCACAAAAGUCAUAUCACAUCACUGAUGCAUCCAAUAACUUUUUUUUUUAGCAUCUAGAAAUUGGCAAGAACUAUAAAGUGAUUGUUUAUAUCUGUUCAUUACCAAUACUGAUUUUAUAAUUUAUAUUGGCAAGUACAGUGGCACUUCAUUUGAUUGUCUGUCUGUCUGUCUGUCUGUUUUUCUUUGUAAACAUUAGUAGCUAUAAUAAAGUAAGGAACAUUGUAAGAUUACAUGUGGU